ACUAAUAUGCAAUUGUACUCCCAGAACCUUUUUUUCCCCUCUCACCCGGACGGCCGACGCGAUGGCCGACGCCGGAGAAACUUCGCUGUCGCAGGCGAACUACUCCUUCGGGAGGCCAUGGCCGGAGCUCAACGAAGGACUCUCCUACACCGACACGUUCCGGUGCGCUGAUGCGGAAACCACCACCACCUUGAUCGAGUUCUACUCCGAGAACUACAAGAGCUCCGCGCCAUUACCCGGGUGGAUUCAUAGGAUUCGUAAUGGCCAGAUAACAGUUGAUGGUCAAGUUGUCACUGAUCCAGAUAUGAUCCUCCGGGAGGGUUCUAAAUUGAUAUAUCAUCGCCUCGCAUGGCAGGAGCCAUCUGCACCACAUUUUCUUCAAGUGCUUUAUGAAGAUGAGGACAUGGUUGCCCUUAAUAAGCCUUCUGGUUUGCAAGUUCUGCCUAAAGGACUCUUCCAGCAGCGCACUGUUCUAGCACAGCUUCAGUGGAAAGAGUGGAAGAUGCCCCCAUCAAGCCGCUCCAAGAGAAAAGAUGUGCAAUUGCAUCCUGUACCUGUUCAUCGAUUAGGAAGGGGCACAUCAGGUCUACUUCUUUGUGCCAAGACAAAGCUUGCCAAAGUUCGACUUGCCUCUUAUUUUGCAGAAGGUGCUAUAAAUGCUGGGAAGAAAAGGGAUGAAACAGAGGUCGGCAAAGAACGAAAAAUUUCAAAAUUCUAUCGAGCAUUAGUAACUGGUAUACUUAAAAAUGAUGAGGAUGUGGUUACUCAACCCAUAGGACUGGUUCAUUACCCUGGAGUUGCAGAGGGUCUUUAUGUAGCAUGUUCCUCAGGGAAGCCAGCAAUGAGCAAAGUUUGCGUACUUGAGAGACUUGCACAGCAAAAUCAAUCGCUGGUUCAGGUUGAAAUUCAUUCAGGACGGCCUCACCAAAUAAGGAUACACCUUGCAUACAUUGGACACCCUCUUGUUGAUGAUCCUCUCUAUGGUAUUGGUGGGCAGCCUAAAUUUGAUGACCUGGAAUCUAGUAGUACGGAUGUUUCUUUCGCAUACGACGGAGGUUAUGAGAGACCUUUACAGCCUGUUCCUGGAGACUGUGGGUAUCACUUACAUGCGCAUUGGCUGGUCCUUUAUCAUCCAACUACAAAUAAGACGCUGAAGAUAACCGCCCCUCUGCCGCAUAUCCUACAGACUCAACAGGAGCGUUGCGAUCAGCAAGUUGAUGCUUGAGCUCAUAUGUUUCCGUUUGAAGAUACAUGCUAGCAUGAAGCGAGCAGUCAGCAUAUGCGGCACUGUCUUUACACAGCACGCUAGAUUUUACAAGUUCGCGGAGAUGGAGUCCAAUGGAUGCUGGAUUGCAUAUUGGCAUAGGUGUCAUGUGUAGCUUGCUUACGGUGUAUGUCUGUUCUGCGUGGCUGGCAGCAUGGAGGAUACUGAAAUUGUACCUGGAUUGCUGAGGGGAAACUAGGAAGGAAUUGUUAUUUUUUUAGAUAGUCUCAUUUAGCUGUUUUUUUUUGUUAUGUAUGUCCAAAACCAAGUACUCACUUAUGAAAAUGUAUACCCAUUUUGGCUAA